UGCCCGGCGUGUCCCGUCCACAGCAGGACUCUGUGUCGGUUUACUUUAAGUUUAAUUUGGACCAAAGUUGCCCCGAAGCUUCGGUCCCUGUUUAGCUCGGUGGAUUAGCCUCCCGGUUAGCUUAGCCCAGCUUCCCGCCGCUGCUCUCCGGACUCCAGCAUGGAGGACAUGUACGUUAAACCCGGUAACCAGGAGCGGGGCUGGAACGACCCCCCUCAGUUCUCCUAUGGCCUUCAGAUGAACCACGGACCACAGAGGAACCUCCUCAACAAGAGACCGCCUCCAGCGCCGACCUCAGGUGCAGGAGCCCCACCUGCAGCCCCUCCCUCCUCCAACCCUCUCGCACCACCUCCCUGUGCUGUAGCUCCGCCUCUACUCAACCCAGCUGGACCUCCACCUGGUGCCGUGGCCACGCCCCCUCCUCAUCUGGGGCAAAUGAGGACGAAGAGAGAGGCUGCGAUCAGCCAAUCAGAGAGUGAGCCUGAAGUUGAGGGCGUGAUGUCGGUGCUGAACGGAGCGCUCGCUGCCUGCAGACGCGCUGUGAAAGUGAGUUCAAAAUGUGACGUCAUUCAGGGGUAAAACCGCAAAGGAUUCUGGGAACUCGUGGCAAGAGGUACUAGCGCACGCAGGCUUUCACGUGAAAUCAGUCACAGCGAUAAAAAGAAACACAAAGAAUGUCAAGAAGCUGUUGUGUUAUUAGCUGCAGUAGCCGGUCACAUGACAGCCAC